AUGGCUAAUUACGGAGACAACCUCAACCCUGCCAAUAAUGACUUGACACCUUACCAGGCUGGAGGAAACCUCGCCGACGCUCUGGUCUCUGGCGCUCUGCCCACUACUACCGAAGCUAACACUCCUAUUGAGUACGCAUUCACCACUGUCUUCCCAACUCACGCCAAACAAGACACUCACUCCGCCAAAGAGUAUGCCAUCGUCACCGUGUGUGUUAUUGGUACUUGGCUGGUGGGCUUCAUCGUUCUCGUCGCUCUGCUGAGAUUCGUCGAGGAGAAGGAAACCAAGGGCUGGACUCCCGCCGAGGGAGCAGCCUACGAUGAAGACUCGGACGCCGAGUGA